ACACGAAGAAUGCUGACGAGUUUUUUAUGCAAAUAGAAGAACAACAAUUUCGCAUUGACACCGUGCUGAAAAGAAAUCUCAAAACUUCUCACAUAUACACGUACAUAUAUACUUACAACUAAAACUCCAUACUACUUCGCAACGCCUGCAUUUAUUUGAACCAAUAUAUACUCUGAAAAUACAAUAAGUAAAUAUACACUAAAAGGAAACGGGAAGAAACCAAUUAAAACGGAAAAAGACACUGCCAUAUAAAAUACAGAAGCUGCAAACUUUACAACCUUCAACUACGAAACUACCUCGUUCAAGCUACAAAAUAUUACAUACAGCCGAUAAAGAUUAUCAAAAACACAAAAACAGUCGCCAUCGUUUUUAUCCAACAAAAUACAAUAAAAUACAAGAAGCACAAAUUGAAUCAAAACAAAGCAAUUCCAAUAACAGAGGUACUCCAGUGUCAUCAAGUAAACAUCAAAACUAAUAUGGAUGAAUACUCUGUGGACACCUCGUAAAACCCACACAAUAUAACAAACACAAAUCCCAAACCAAUAACCGUUUUCUGUUCAAACCCUUUCCAAGGCCAGACAACCCAACGCUGCCAGAAGUACCCUUUUUCCCACACACCAACAACAAAACCAGUGACAUUUACUAUGAAUCCCACAGCGAAUGGCAACGAUGUCGAGAGCACGGCAAAUUCACAAAUGAUCAGUUAUCAAUCGCCACAGCGUCAAAUAAAAGCAAACACAACCAGUAAUCUCCCUGUGAUUACAACUAGUUCACCCUACAAACAUCAAGGCUCAAAUGGUGAUGCCAGUUUGAGUGUUACACCGUUACACAAUGGCAACGGCAAUACCUCCAACGGCACGAACGGUUAUCAAAAUGGUACACGUCGUGACUCCUCACAAGCCUGGACUCCAUUGCUGUCCAAUGGUAAUGGCAACGGCAACGGCACCGCCACACUAAGCAACAGCAAUGGUAAUGGCAGUCCUCCUGGUAUUGGCGCCGGUGAUGGUGCACCUGAUAAUAGUUUGCUUGGCACAGCAGCAAGUAUUAAUGGCGUUGACGAUGGCAACCGUUUGGCAGCGCAAGAGGCGAACGAAACACUUACUGAUCCCACCACUGUAUUAUAUGGCACAUCAACGACGAGCAAUAACAACGAAUGGAAGGAUGCCGAACAAAUAAAUAACCUCAAAAAUGGACUACUACACUAUCCAGUCAAUCAUCAUCAGGGUAACAAUAAUGGUUCGUUAAUGAAUGGAAAAAAUGGCAUUGGCUUGGGCGUACCAGAUAAAUAUGAUGAGCAAGAUCCCCUAACAGGCCUAUAUACACAGAAAAAUACACGUACGCGUGAAACCGAUGAAUCGGACACAGAUUCCGAACUUAGUAACGCCGACCGGCAGGCGCCAGAUUGUGGUCUAUUUGGCUGUCGGCCAAAAUGGGCACGUAACUUUGCAUCGACAAAUGUUUUUAUGGUUGUCUUUCUGCUCGCCUACAUACUCCAGGGCAUGUAUAUGACAUAUUUUGUGUCGGUGAUCACUACCAUCGAGAAACUAUUUCAGAUAAAAUCUAAAACAACGGGUUUCCUUCUGAGCGCCAGUGAGAUGGGUCAAAUCAGUACGACUAUGCUGUUAACCUACUUUGCGGGACGUGGUCAUCGGCCGCGUUGGAUCGCCUGUGGCAUGGUUUUAUUCUCCAUUGCAGCUUUCGCUUGUUCGCUGCCGCAUUUCAUUUUUGGCAAACAGUUGAUGCAAUCAUUGGAUACAUUAAGCAAUGGCGGCAACGGCGGUGGUAAUGCGGCAAUGCGUGCCUUACAUGGUCAAAUGCUGCACGCCAGUUAUGGAUUGCAUGGAAUUAAUGAUACAACAAAUACGACCGGCAUGAAUGCACUGGAGGGAGGCUUGAGUGCGUUGUUGGCGACAUCACAGAGUGCGCACGACAUGAAUCUCUGUAUACCGGGACGGAAUGCAACACAUUCUAACACAGAAUGCGAUGAAGAUCAAAAAUUGGAACAGGCAUCCCACUCAAAAAUCACCGUUAUCGUACUAUGCAUAUUCUUCGCUAGUCUCUUGAGCUCGGGCAUUGGCCAAACGGCCGUUGCCACGCUGGGCAUACCAUAUAUAGAUGAUAAUGUGGCAAGUAAACAGUCACCAAUGUACAUGGCCAUAACCAUUGGUGUUCGUAUACUGGGACCAGCCUCCGGUUUUAUAGUCGGUUCAUUUUGUACACGUUGGUAUGUGAAUUUCUCAAAUCCCGACUUCGAUGCAAGCGAUCCACGUUGGAUUGGCGCUUGGUGGCUGGGACCAGUUGGUAUUGGUACUCUUAUGCUGCUAUCAUCCAUCGCAAUGUUCUCAUUCCCAAAGCAACUGCGUGGCAAGCGUGGUCCCGGAUCCGUUGGCGAAGGCAAGAGCGGUGAUAGCAGCGAGGCAGGAAGUACAACAGCAGCUGCGGAGGUGUAUGAGAAACCGAAAUUAAGAGAUUUUCCAAAAACCGUGCGUCGGCAACUUAAAAAUGACAUUUUAAUGUUUCGCACAGCCUCCUGUGUGUUUCAUCUACUACCGAUUGCCGGACUUUACACAUUUUUGCCGAAAUACCUCGAGACUCAAUUUCGCCUGACCACCUACAACGCCAGCAUGAUCGCCGCCUUUUGUGGUAUUCUCGUUAUGGGUGUUGGUAUUGUGAUAUCCGGGGUGGUCAUAUUGAAAUUGUCCCCAUCUGCGCGUUCAGUUGCCGCUUGGAUAGCAUUCACAGCGCUCUUUUACUCAGCCGGCAUGGUGGUAUUGAUGUUUGUUGGUUGUAGCAUGGACGAUUUUGCAGGUUAUAAAAGUGGCUCGAGCAAUGCUCCCGCGCUGAUUGAACCAGCCUGUAACCUCAACUGUUCCUGUGAUACGGAUAAUUUUGCGCCCAUUUGUGGGCUCGAUGGACGUAUAUAUAUUUCUACCUGUCAUGCUGGGUGCGCUACGUCGACGACAAGUGAUAAUGGCACUGUAUUCAAUAACUGUACAUGCAUUCCAGAUUCUUUUAAGAACCAGGCGGUCAAUGGAUAUUGUGCUGAUAAUUGUAAGAAUUUCAUAUUCUUCAUUAUUAUAUUUGCCGUGUGUGUGUUUAUGCAUUCAACGUCGGAGGUGGGCAGUAUGUUGCUUGUGAUGCGUUGCACACAUCCAAAUGAUAAAGCCAUGGCCUUGGGCAUCAUACAGUCAGCUAUUGGCCUUUUCGGUAAUGUUCCUUGCCCCAUUAUAUAUGGUGCCGUUGUCGACUCGGCGUGUCUAAUAUGGAAGACGGUGUGUGGCAAGCACGGAGCUUGCUCCCUUUACGAUUCCGACACAUUCAGACAUUACUUCUUGGGUAUUACCGCCGGCAUAAUGUUUCUGGCAUUCAUAAUGGAUUUGGUGGUCUGGAGCAAAGCACAUCGCAUUGACAUCACGCCAGAGGACGGUAAUGAAACGCCUGGCAAGCAGACAACCGCUGAGACUGAGUGCAAAAAGUCAAUGGUUGCGCCGGACACAAGCGUUUGA